AUGAAUAGCACUGCGCAAGUCUUAUUUCUGAAGGUUGAAUAAGGGAAUGUUAAUAAAGUUAUUGAAAUACUCCAGCAACAUCCUAAUUUAAUAGAUGUGGAGAAUGCAAAGUCAGGACAAACUUGUUUGACAAUAGCUUGUCGUAAAAAUGAUGGGGCUAUGAUCGAGAGAUUGAUUGUCUAAGGUGCUGAUAUCAAUAAGACAAAUAGAUUAAAUCAAUCGCCAUUAUGGAUUUGCUCAUUUUACAAUUAUCGUAGGACUGCAGAUUUUCUGUUGAACCAUGGGGCUGAUGUAAACUAGCAGGACAAAAAAGGAUUCUCUCCUUUGAUGAUUGCAGCGUAGAGAGGAAAUUUAGAGACUGUGGCUUUAUUAUUGAAUGCUAAGGCGAACAUCUAACUGUUAAAUAAAAAUCAAGAUACAGUAUUCGAUGUUUGCAAGGACUAUGAUACUCUAUAAUUUAUGAUACAGACAUUGCAAAUAGAGGAAGUGAGAGUGAAGUAGCCAGAUAAAUUCAAACCAAAACAAUAAUAGAAUGUCAACUCAAUGAAAUCGACUUAGACGAAGUUCUCCAACAACUCUUACAGAAGAGAGAAGUCUGAAUCUAUUCCGAAUUUAAAUGAAGAGUGUUACUCCAUUCAAACCAUGAUCAAUUCAAUUUGUGAAGAGAUGCAACUCAUUUUCAAUGAAAGCAUUCAAAAGUUCAGGGAUUGUAUUUUGAACAAAUAAAAUUUGGCCGAAGCCAAGAAAUCAAUUUCAAAUGAAUACGAACAAAUUCAAUAAUCAUAGCAUAUUGAUGAUAAUAUUCAAUUCCAAUAUGAUAAUUUCCAAUAUGAGAUCAGUAGACAAGUAGGGAGAACCCUCUAUUCAAUUAUUCACAAUUUGGAUAAGGCGUAGGUGAAAUCUCCUUCCCCAAAGAAUAAGAAGUAUUUAUCAGCUGAACCUUUAAUUGAAGCCACGGUUGAAGAAGAGUAAUCAACUCCAUUGAGUUAGUUUCGGAACCAAUUAAAAAAGGUGGAGACCCCAUCUCAGAUAAAGGAACCGUUGAGCAGAGGGAGUGUGAAAGGGGAGAAUGAACAAUUCAAUAGGAUGAUGACUUAGAAAUUAGAGAUUCUGAAUGAAAUGAUAAACUCUCGAAUCGGAAGUAGGAAAUAGUGA